AUGUGGGUGAAAAAAGGAGUAAUUACCAUCAUUGAUCUUAGAAAUGAUUACUAUCUGGUAGCCUUUUCCCAUGAAUAUGAUCAGUAUUUAGUACUCAUGGAUGGACAGUGGUUCAUCUAUGAUCAUUAUCUGACGGUUAAAGAAGGGAGUCCAAGUUUUCAACUGACAAGUGAAACUAUUAAGGAGGUGGCAAUUUGGGUGAGAGCCUCCGGUUUGCCAAUUGAAUAUUAUGACAGAGAUGCCCUACAUUUCGUAGGGUAUAUAAUUGGUAAGACAGUUAAGGCCUCCUUUGUUUGGGGCAUAUGGACUUCAUAA